AGAAACGACAGCGCAAGCCCAAACCCGAAUUGAUCUCCGGUCACAAAUAAAGCAGUAGGGUUUUACUCCAACUAGGGUUUUGCGUGAGAUCAGAGUAACUCGUUGGAGAAACAGGAGUAGCAGCCAUGGCCAGCACCAAAGUACAGAGGAUAAUGACCCAGCCCAUCAAUCUGAUCUUCAGAUUUCUUCAGAGUAAAGCUCGCAUUCAGAUAUGGCUAUUUGAGCAGAAGGAUGUGAGGAUUGAAGGACGUAUUAUUGGUUUUGAUGAGUACAUGAAUUUGGUUCUAGAUGAUGCUGAGGAAGUCAACGUGAAGAAGAAAAGCAGAAAGCAGUUAGGGCGGAUUCUUCUGAAAGGAGAUAAUAUCACAUUGAUGAUGAACACGGGGAAAUGAUUUCCUGUCAGCUGGACUUUGGAAGAAGUUUGAAUUUUUCUGGCAAAAAUCAAUUAUUGAAACCAUGUGUCUUUGUGGACAAGGAGCAGGAUGUUAGACUCACAGCCUUGAGUUUGAACUUCCAUUCAUGUUUGCUAUAUAUGUAUAUUCAGCAUGGUUUCUUUGAGUCUAGUACUUCAUGGAUGCCUCGACUCUGACCUCUUUAUGUGUGAGUCAAUUUAUCAGUAACUGUAUUGAAAGAAGUUGCUUGAUGCC